AUGCCACCCAAAGGCAACGGAGUUUCGGGCCCAGUUGCACAAAACGUCCCUCCGGCGGACAUGAGCGACCAGAUCGAAAGAAUGUGUCGUCUACUGGAAGCAAGCCAGCAGCGGUCCGACGAGGCAAUCAAGACAUUAACCGAAGCCCAAGCCAGGCUCGAAGCAGAGAUUGCUGAGCUCCGCAGGUCCGCUGACACAACUCGCAACACCCAAGCCCACGAGAAUCUUGAUUCAGACAGAUCUGACGUUCUAGUCGACCGUGUCAAUUCCCCACCUCACAACAUGAACCCAGGUAACGAGCAAUCCCAAGCCAUCCCCCCAUCCUCUGGGACCGACGGGCGACAAGCCCCAACCUCUGGCGCGCAUGGGCGGGCCGAAGCAGAACCCACUGGACCCGCUCAGCCAACAACCGACGUCCGACCUCAACGCACCAUACCUCAAGUCGCACACGAUUCUCCCUCUGAAGGUUGUGUUCCCUCGAUCUGUUUCUUGGACAGUUGGAAACAAGACAUGAUGAGGGAAAUGAUGCAGAAGUUCUCAGAUGGGCGAUCCGCCUACGCCACCGAACAUUUGGAUCUUGUAUCAAGAACCACUGAAAAAUCGCCUUUCUCGGAAUGGAUUCUGAAUGAGCCAAAACCUCGGGACUUCGUCAUCCCUUCCCUGCCUGCAUUCAACGGAAAGGGAGACCCAUUAAACCACCUAUUUCAAUUUCAAGAGAAGAUGGCGUUAGAAGCUAAUAACGAAGCCAUACAAUGCAAAGUCUUUUCCACAACUUUCUCCGGGCCGGCUCUAUUAUGGUUCCGACAAUUAAAGGCCGGAUCACUCAACAGCUUUAGUGAUCUCCGACGAUCCUUUUUACAGCAGUACAGCGCGAACCGAGAGGCUCCCAGAACAAUGGCCGAUCUCUAUCGAAUUGAACAAGGGGAGAAUGAACAUCCAAAGGCAUACUUACAGCGUUUCAUUGACCUCGUGCAUCAAAUCCACGACGUCGACCCACUCACCGCAGCAAAUCUCUUCGUCAAAAGCUUGCAGGUGGGGUCACUCUUGCAUGAGAAUCUCACUAUGACACCACCAUAUGACAUGGCAGACGUGCAGACCCGAGCCGAGGGCGUCUUCAGGGUAUUAGAAUUUCGAGAGCGCGCACAGAAGAAGACUGCACUCAUCUCUGCUCCCCCAGCGAAUAAUCCUCCACCACCUGCCAGGGAUGACAAGAGGAAGCGGAACCAAACAGAUCAUACGAAGGAAGGCAAAAGGCCUAGACAAGAUCGUCAGCCAUCACGGUACCCAUCCUUCGAAUACACCGUCCCGCAAGAAGUCAUUUAUGAAGAGAAUAAAGAUAGGCCUAUCUGGCGAGAGCCCUACAAAAUUAACACUCCAUCUGACAGAAGGGAUAAAAGCAGAUACUGUCUCUUCCACAAAGAUCACGGUCAUACGAUCGCUGAAUGCCACAAUCUGAACAAUCAGAUCCAAGCCCUCAUGAGGAGUGGGCGGCUUACCCAAUACAUCAAGGAGACAGACAGACCAGGCGCCUCGCGGCAGAACACAGCUUCUGCCCCCACUCCGCAGGCGUCAGACCCCGUACACACAGCCUCUGACAGCACCCUGGAACCUCUUAAACAACGGUACAAAUCGUUAGGCCACGUAGUCAAUCUCGUCACUUCAGAAGAAAGAAGCUACACAGCCUCUGCUAUCACCUUCACUAACGAAGACCUGAAGGGCGUCCACCUGCCUCAUGACGAUCCACUCGUCAUUUCCUUACAAGUUGACCACUGCCAGCUGGGCAGAGUUCUGAUCGAUGGGGGCAGUGGGGUCGACAUCCUCUUCUGGGAAGCCUUCCAGAAAAUGGGACUGGAGGAGAGUCAGAUCCGACCCUCCACCAUGCCCGUUUUGGGUUUCAAUAGCCAGAGAGUCUAUCCAAAGGGCGUCGUUCGGUUAACUGUGGUAGCUGCAGAACGCACCUUGCCAGUAGACUUCCUUAUUAUAGACUCCGCCACGAGCUACAACGCCAUCAUGAGGAGAGGUUGGAUCCACCGGAUGCGGGGGGUAGUCUCCACUCUGCAUCAGGUGAUGCGGUGCCAAUCGCUCAAUGGCCGAUACACCGUCGAUAUCAAAGGCUGCCAGAAGCAGGCCAAAAAGUGCUUCCUUACCUUAAAAGAAAUAAGUAGCUCUGCCUUCGCCUCCCAUGAGGACUCUCCUGACAAAUAG